AUGGAUAAUUACGAUGAAGGGGCAUCUUCCUCAUCUCAAAACGGCGAUAUUUUCGAUAGUGAUGACGAGAAAGAACAUAGCAUUGAAGAGGAGAGCAACAGCGAAGAAAAUGAGAACAGCGAGGAAGAUGACAGCAAAGAGGAAAGCGAAGACGAAGAACACGAAUCCAGCGAAGAUAGAGAGGACUACGACCCCUGGCAAACGUUGAUACACGAAGCAAAACUGCAACUUUUAGAUCAAUUUCAAGAAAACGUUGAAUGCCUUAAUAAUGAGGGUUUUAGUGAGGUUGAAGCUAAGAGGCAAUCGUUUUCAGAACUUCUUCCCAAACUCACAAAAGAACUAGAAGAUAUUUAUGUAGAACGGCUGCUAUGGAUGUCACACAUGAGAAAAGAUCCAAUUCACAAGAAGAUCAUGCAGACAAGAGAUAAUUUGAUUGACGUAGAUUUCCUCGACCGGGAAGAAGCUUUAUAUUCCGCAGUCGAAAAGAGAAAGUUUCUUUUCAAACUUUUUUUGGAAAAACGACAACAUUAUUCAGACGAUGAAAGCGAUACUAUCGAAUAAAUUGUUGUACUUCUAUACUUUAAAAAUAAAUUUUAUCAAUGCUAUUUGUUUGUCUGUUAUAUUUGUUAUAGUAUUCAUCACACUGAAUCGAAUUGUUUUCUCUUGAUUUUUGGCUUAUAUCAAAGGCAAUCCGAGCAGAAAAGGCCAAACGGGCCAUACGAAAAGGCCAAACAGGAUCAAGCGGACCAUCCGAGCCUUUGUUAAAGCGCAGGCGAAAAAAGCACAGUGAUCCUUCCCAAAGUUUUUAAAAUGUUCCGCUGCGUGUUCAAAAGAGAGAUAAAGAGGGUAACACGAAAUCGCACUGAUUUUAAGAAGAAAAUACUAUUGCCAAAGCUACCACGUUCAGGUUCACUGCGUGUAUCAAUUAACACAUGGAUUAACACAAUAAAGCGUACGCACGCGUACGUUUCUGUUCGUACAAAAGAGUACGCACGGGUCUUGCUCUUACAAAAUUGUUCGUAAGAGGAGAUUCAUCGUAAUAAAUAUGCGGAGUAUUGGAAGAAUAAACUUUCAAAUGAACAAUCUCACAAAGACAAAUUAGUUAAGUUGGCCGCUUUCUUAUUGGAACAUUUAAUAUUAUGUGUAACUUGAGUAAAAUAAAACAAACUGUCCUUUGCUGAACACGUCAUACAGCUAAGUACGAACGCUUGGACGUACACUAAGUACGAACGCCCGGACGUACUCCCCUGUGACGUCAUACAUACAUUCGCUUGAAUUACUUCCGGUGGUGGAUUGGGGGGGGGGGGUAACCUACUGGUAAUACAUCCUUUGAAAAUAGUAAUAGGAAGUAAUAUAUUAAAACUUGUCCAUUACAAUCAUGCAACACAAAUAUUUUAACGAUAUUUGUAUUUUUCUUGAUUUGUUUACAAGAAAGUCAAGAAAGGAUUGCUGGCAGUUAUUGUAAUUUUUGUCUUGUUUGGUUUAUACUUUGUCAAACCAUUUAUAUAAUCCACGUGCUGUUGUUUCGUUUCAUUAGGCAUCCCGCCAAGAGCAUCAGAUAUCUCGGUGGUUAUUAAUGUGAAGGACGUUAACGAUAAUGCACCAGUGUUCGUGAAACCCAGGGAUCUCGGUGUAGCAGAAAAUGCGCUUAAUGGAACUCACGCUGGUACUAUUAAAGCUUCGGACUCGGAUUCUGGAGCAAACAAGACUAUCUCUUUAUCUAUCGUGAACGGUACUGGUUUGGGAAAAUUUAAUAUCGAGCAAAGUACAGGUAACCUGACAAGUGCGGAAGUCUUUGAUUACGAGAAGAAAUCAAGUUAUACUCUAGUUGUGAAGGCACAAGAUCAUGGCACACCUCCUAAAUAUACUAUUCGCUCUGUCAUCGUUCCUAUUAUAAGUGUGGACGAAUUUGAACCAACGUUCCAGAACACAAGUUAUGAAUUUGUUGUUUCUGGCAACGCUAAGGAAGGAGACACAAUCGGUCGUGUUCACGCAACAGACUCGGAUAGUGGUCGUGAUGGAGAAAUAAAAUACGGGCUAGAUUCACCUGUCACUCUGUUUGCCAUCAAUAGUUCAUCUGGUGAUAUAUAUCUCACUAUGGACGUUGUCGAAUAUAAUGAACAUAAAAGAAAUAAAAGGGACACAGAAAGUUCAAACCAACCAGAUUCAUUCAAUGUAACAAUCAUCGCAAGUAGUGGUCAACCAGGUUCGAAAGUCAGUAAAGUUACAGCAGAGAUGUCUUUGAAUUAUACAACUUCACCAUCCAUUCCUAACAAUAACAAUCAAUCUAUAUCUGAAGCAAUCCAAACAGUCAUCAUUGCCGUUGGUAUUGUAGCAUUUCUGGCUUUGUUGGCGGCAUUCCUUAUCUGGUUUGUGAGACGUAAACGAAAAGAAGGGACAGAAACAAAGAAACCUAGUGAAGAAAUGGUUCUUAGGUCGAUGGCUUCGCAAAGAAGUUUUAACUCUGUUGAUGAAAAAGGUCUGAUUAACAGAUAUGAACAUGUUCCAACUAGUGCAUCUAGUUCCUUACAAUCAGGUAGUUCUGGAAAUGGAUCUUCUGAUGUUGGGUAUGAACUAACAGAUCGUCGUAACGUACACACGAAGACUCAAAUGGAUUCAAAUGUUACUGAUUCUGGUAUACAACCUGAUGUUGAAAAUAGCGAUGUUGAAAAUAGCGAUGUUGAUAAUAGCGAUGCAAGAUCAUUUGAUGUUCGUUCAGAUAGAACUGACCGUAUUAUUGCUCAUCUUCAGAGUAUAGAAUCACUUCAUGACUUUGAUGAUGAAGGUGGCAGGGAGGCUAGUGCGGGUAUAGAUGUUGGAAACUUGUUGUAUGCAAAAUGUGCAGAAGCUGACGCAGAGGGAGACGAUCAGGAUCGCCCUCGAGUGUUUAACUUUGAAGGACGACCUGAUUACACAGGCUCGUUAAGUUCCAUCCUUGGAAGUCACGAGGAACUAAGAGGACAUUAUAACUAUUCCUAUGCUAUGAACCAAGGUCCUCAUUAUCAACCACUUUCAGAAGUAUUUUCAGAGAUUGGACGUUUUCCAAGUAAAGAACUUGGUUCUCCUAUGAACGGUAUGAAUGACCUUUCAGCUCGUACAAGUAUGUUAUCAUCGGUAUCGUCAUUACACAAUCAACAUCUAGACCCGGAGUCUACAUAUUCUUCCCUACCUAUGACACCAAACUUUACACCAGCUAUUACUCCGCUAAUUACGAGAUCUCCCUCCCUCUCUCCCUUGACAUCCGAAGUUGUCACUCCUAUGGUAUCACCAUCUCAAUCACGACCUUCCUCCGUGUAUUUACCACGUUCACGACCUUCAUCGUCGUUCAUUCAGUUGGCUGAAAGACAUGUUCUCGACGAUUUUGAUGAAGACGUUAACGUCUAA